GACGCGCAGGUGACUCGACGCUGCAGAGACAGAGUAAGUGCUGGAGAUCUCACUCUUCAUCAUGAAUCACACACAAACACCCCGACAUCAGGAUUUCUCUCCAGGAUGCAGUUCAGUUGAUCAGAAGAGAUCAGAAGCAGAGCCCAGCUGUGUGUCUAUGAAGAGUGCUGAUUCUUUGCAUCAACCAGUUAAUUUUAUGAACACUGACGAGUCUAUACAUCAUCCACAAAACCUCAGUUCAGUUCAUCAGAAGAGAUCAGAAGCAGAGCCCAGCUGUGUGUCUCUGAGGAGUGAUGAUUCUUCGCCUUGUCCACUUAAUUUUAACAGCAGUAACACAAGGCAAGAAGUCCUCAAGACGUUCAGAUCAAAUCUGCAGCAGAAGUUUGAGCGUCUGUAUGAGGGAACAGCGACACAGAGAAACUCAACACUCCUGAAUGAGAUCUACACAGAGCUCUACAUCACAGAGAGUGAGAGUGGAGAGAUCAGUAAUGAACAUGAGGUGAGACAGAUUGAGACACAAUCCAGGAGACCAGCAACAGAGGACACAGCCAUCAAAUGCAGUGACAUCUUUUCACCUUUACCUGGACAAGACAAAGCCAUCAGAACUGUGCUGACAAAGGGAGUCGCUGGCAUUGGAAAAACAGUCUCUGUGCAGAAGUUGAUCCUGGACUGGGCUGAAGGGAAAGAGAAUCAGGACGUCCAGCUCAUAUUUCCACUUCCUUUCAGAGAAAUCAAUCUGAUGAAGGACAAAACACUCAGUCUUUCAGAUCUUCUUCAUGUGUUUUUCCCUGAAACUAAAGAAAUGGAAAUAUCCAGUGAUGAAUAUAAAGUGUUGUUCAUCUUUGAUGGUCUGGAUGAGUGUCGUCUGUCUCUGGACUUUAAGAGUGAAGUGAAACUGUGUAAUAUAUCUGAAUCAGCCUCAGUGGACGAGCUGCUGAUGAACCUCAUUGUGGGGAAUCUGCUUCCCUCUGCUCUCAUCUGGAUCACCUCCAGACCAGCAGCAGCUGAUCUCAUCCCGUCUGAGUGUGUCCAUCGAGUGACAGAGGUACGAGGCUUUACUGAGCCACAGAAGGAGGAAUACUUCAGGAAGAGAAUCAGUGAUCAGAGUCUGGCUGACAGGAUCAUCUCACACCUGAAGUCCUCAAGGAGCCUCUACAUCAUGUGCCACAUCCCAGUCUUCUGCUGGAUCUCAGCCGCUGUUCUGGAGAAGAUGUUGAGUCGAGCAGAGAGUGGAGAGAUUCCCAAGACUCUCACUCAGAUGCACACACACUUCCUGAUCCUUCAGACCAACAUCAAACAUGAGAAGGACUAUGAGAAGAAGGUGACAGAUGAAGACAUGAUCCUCAAACUGGGGAAAGUGGCUUUUGAGCAUCUUGUGAAAGGAAACCUGAUCUUCUAUGAGGAAGACCUGAGAGAGUGUGGUAUUGAUGUGACAGAAGCAUCAGUGUACUCAGGAUUGUGCACUCAGAUCUUCAGAGAGGAGCUGGGCUUGUAUCAGGGGAAAGUCUUCUGCUUUGUUCAUCUGAGCAUUCAGGAACAUCUAGCAGCUCUAUAUGUGCACCUCUCCUGGACAAACCACAACAGAAAUGUGAUUGACAAGUUCACCAAACAGAGUUUACUGUCUAAAGUGAAGAAACAGUUUAAACUCAGUUCAUCAGAACAUGUUUCAUUAUCUGAGCUGCAUCAGAGAGCUGUGAAAGAGACUCUACACAGUAAAAAUGGACAUCUGGAUCUUUUCCUGCGGUUCCUUCUAGGUUUGUCAGUGGAGUCUCAUCAGAUUCUCCUUCAACGAAUAAUGAAGCUGAAAAGCAGCAGCUCUGAAAGCAAUGAGGAAACAGUUGAGUACAUCAAGAAUAAGAUCAGGACCAUUGAGUCUCCAGAGAAAUCCAUCAAUCUGUUCCACUGUCUGAAUGAACUGGGUGAUCGUUCACUAGUGGAGGAAAUACAACAGUAUCUGAAAUCUGGAGGAAUAAAAGAAGCCAAUCUCUCUUCAUCUCAGUGGUCAGCUUUAGUUUUUGUGUUGUUGACAUCAGAAGAGGAACUGAAUGAAUUUUGUCUUGAUAAAUUUGUUAAAGAAAAGAAUAAUCCUGAAAAUAUGAAAGUUCUUCAGAAGUUGCUGCCUGUGAUUAAAGAAUCCAGAUCAGUUCAGUUGUAUAAUUGUGGUGUCACAGAUAAAGGUUGUGCUGCUCUGACUUCAGCUCUGAGAUCAAACCCCUCACACCUGAGAGAACUGGAUCUGUCUGGGAAUAAACUAAGAGAUACAGUGAAGCUGCUUUCUGAUGUACUACAGGAUCCUCACUGUAAACUGGAGAAACUGGGGUUGAGUGAUUGUGGCGUCACAGAUGAAGGUUGUUCUGCUCUGACUUCAGCUCUGAGAUCAAACCCCUCACACCUGAGAGAACUGGAUCUGUCUCACAAUAAACUAAGAGAUUCAGUGAAGCUGCUUUCUGAUGUACUACAGGAUCCUCAGUGUAAACUGGAGAAAAUGUGGACUCUCAGUGUUUAGACGUCAGUUCAGUUUCCUCAGGAUCAGCUGAUGGUGAAUAAGGAGCCGCUUCAGAGACGUCACAGACACACAAUCAACACAGACUGUGUGAUGGGGACACAAGAAUUUAGAGAUGUUCAUUUCGGUUCAUUUUCCUGACCGACUCCUAACAAUCAUUAACCAAUGAUUGACUGUUGACAAAAUUAGAAUGUUACAUUAGAUUUAAAUUAAAUUGGAAUGAAUAUGUUUAUGUGACCCAUUGAAAGUGAACCCUUUACAGUUUAUAUUAAUGUCUUAUUAUUAUCUGUAUGACCAAAACUCAUUUUCACUGUAAUAAGGAAAAAUCAAGUGAUUGCACACGGAUCUCAUGGGGAACAUUUGUAUUCAUGCAGAAUGAGAUGUUGAUAUAUUUCUCUUUAAAUACUUUUCAUUUAUUUCUAAAUGUUUAUAUGUUGUUUAUAACAAAUAAUUUUAUAGCUGCUUAUAUUUUCUGCUUUGUGUUUUACUCUGUUCUGAAUACCGUAAAAUUUAAAGGAUUCGCACAUUAUUUUUUUUUUUUCUCUCAACACAAUUUUGACUGAUGAUGUGUACAGCAGAUAUUUUAAAUGUAAUUUUUAUCCAUGCAGCAAAUGUUUAAAAAAAGCUUUGGGGAGAAAAAAGUUUUUAACCUUUAUGGGUAGCUUAAUGUAAAACAUUGUCAUGAAUUUGCAAACCAAUGUACAACCAGCUGGGAACAAAACAGCUCACUGUAAUUGACUAAAUUCAGAUUGCUGUUAGAACAUGUAUUGCAAAUUAAUAAA